AUGCAAGAGAAUACCAUCAAGUCAGCACAAAUUCCAUCAACAACAACAACAAGUAACAAUAAUAACGGCGGAGGAGGCAAUGCAGCAGCAGCAGCAGCAGGAAUAACGACUGCCACUUCCAACAUCACAACAACUUCUUCGUCUUCGCCAUCAAAUGCAAAUGAUAUCGAUCAAGCACAAUUUGAGGCAGACAAACGUGCAGUGUACAAACACCCUCUCUUCUCGCUGUUGGCACUUUUACUAGAAAAAUGUGAACAAGCAACUUUAGGAUAUGUUUCAAACUCGUCGUCAUCGAAUUCGUCGUCGCGAUCGAGUCCGAACGGAUCUUCCAAUGGAAAUUGCGAAAAUGACAGUUUUUCGAGGGAUGUUCAGGCCUUUGUGCAGCUGCUGGAGAAGGAAAAACGACCGUUACUGACAAACAACGCCGAAUUGGAUGGACUGAUGAUCAAAGCGCUGCAAGUCUUGAGGAUACAUCUCUUGGAAUUGGAAAAAGUUCAAGAACUCUGUCGCGAUUUCUGCACCAGAUACAUUGCCUGUUUGCGUGGCAAAAUGCAGUCGGAGAAUUUACUGAGGUCGGAUUACGCGCUCGAGCACAACAACAACCUCUCGAACUCGAAUAGUCCCGUCAACAGUCCCGAGCAAGACGGUUUGUCGAGUCAGCAUGGUCCCUUUUAUGGCAACCAAGAUUUUUUAUCGAAUAGUGAUGCACCGUCAGACUUUUCCAGCACGACGACACCGAGUAACCAGUUCCUCGUUCAUCACAACGGCGGAGCUGGCGGCGGUGCAUCACAACAUCUCGAGACAGACUUGAGCAUGGCGGCGGCAGGUCAUGCGUUGUCUCAUCAGAUACUCGGUACGACGCCUCUCAGUCAAAUUGGAUGCGCGCCCGUGUCGGCGGUGACGAUACCCGAACAGUAUGCCGCGCAGUUGUCGCCGUGCAACAGUUCCGACGAGCUGGAUGACGAUGACGACGACUUGGGAUCCAAUUUUUCGAAUAAUUCCGGUGGGAAGCGACAAAAACGCGGCAUUUUGCCGAAACAAGCAACGAGCGUGAUGCGGGCAUGGCUUUUUCAGCAUUUAGUGCAUCCGUAUCCGACGGAGGACGAGAAACGAACAAUUGCGGCGCAGACUAAUUUGACCUUAUUACAAGUCAACAAUUGGUUCAUCAACGCCCGACGUCGAAUCCUUCAGCCGAUGCUAGAGCACGCUUCCGAUAAUUCAGGCCAGAGUCCAGCAAACAGCGAGAAACGUUACUGGCCUGAACAAUCGUCGGGAGCACCGGGCACCGUCAACUCCUCCAACGACCCAAACAUCGAGAACAUUAGUGGAAAUAUCAAUCGCGCCGAUCGGCGUUCCAACAGUUUUUACAGUUCCGAAGAGAGCAACGAUGGCAGCUUAGUUAUCGAUCAAGAUAACUAAUUUUCCUAAACGAAAAAAAAAAAUUGUAGAUAAAAUUCAGUCCGAGAGAGUUCAAGUCGAUAAAGAAGGCAGCUCCGCCCAUUUUACGUACAGACUUUUCGUAGCGGCACGAGUUUCUAUGACAAAAACUGAAUAUUUCGCUAAAACAAUUUUUCGUGCCGCUUCGUACAAAUAAAAAGUGCCGCGCAGUGUAACGUUGGAAGUGUGUGUCUCGUUUUCGUGGCACGUUUCCUGGACAGGAUCGCGUUUGUUGAUCUGCGUUUCAGUGACUUGACUUGUCACAAUGCCAAGGUAGAAAAGUCAUUUUAGUAUAUUCGGAUUCGAUUGCACGGCAACGGGUCGGACGCACGAAUACGGAUAACUGCUAAAUUGACGAUCGUCUGCCAACUUUCUAAAUUUGUUGGUUUCUCCUAAAUAAUCUUAUCUUAGCCUCGAGUAACUUAACUUGUUCAGAACGCUUCCAUAUGCAAACUGGCACUUGUCGAGCAAGUCAGCCAUUUCUUUU